UUUUUUUUUUUUUUUCCAGCGGCUGCGCAUUCCUUCACCGGCGGCGAAAAGAUCCUCCCUCGCGGCGGCAAUAACGUCGUCUGGAAUAUAUAUGAAGAAUUAGUGUUGAGUUGAUAGUAUUCGGUGGAAGUUAAAAGGGCAUGGCGACGACGGAUGUGAUUGGCGGCGAGGGUUCAUCUUCAUCUUCUUCUUCAUCUAAGUCGAGGAGAAAGGCGAUUUGGUACUCACAGCCGCUGACUCCAUUGAUGGAAGGGCCUGCUCCACAAUUCCAAGAUCAAGAACCUAACAAGAAAGACUCUGUUUCGAAUUGGGAAUUCUUCCGCGACUGGUUCAAGAUCCAGCGCAACCUCCCCUCUCUCCCUCCUUCCACUUCCUUCACCAAUAGUUCUAGUAAUGUUCCCAAUUCCAAAUACUCCCUGGAUUUGAAGCUUCUGCUUGGCGUCCUCGCCUGCCCACUCGCUCCCAUUCCCCUUCACUCCGCUCCACACCCCCAUUUCCCACGCGACGAUGCCGAUACCCCUCUUGAAACGUCUGUGGCUCAUUACAUUAUACAACAAUACUUGGCUGCCACCGGAUGUCUCAAACAGCAAAAGUGUGCCAAGAACAUGUACGCCACCGGAAGCGUCAAGAUGAUUCGCUGCGAAACAGAGGUUUCUUCAGGCAAAACUGUCAAGACCGUCGGGACAAGAAUUGAGGACAAUGGCUGUUUUGUUCUUUGGCAAAUGAUGCCGGCGAUGUGGUCCCUCGAAUUGGUCGUCGGAGGUAGUAAGGUGGUUGCCGGCAGCGACGGCAAGACCGUCUGGCGUCACACUCCUUGGCUCGGCACCCACGCCGCCAAAGGCCCCCAACGACCUCUCCGCCGCAUCGUUCAGGGGCUGGACCCAAAGAGCACGGCGAGGCUGUUCGAGAAAGCACAAUGCCUUGGGGAGAAGCGGAUCGGGGACAACGAUUGCUUCGUGCUGAAAGUGUCGGCGGAGCGGGAGGCUGUGAUGGAGAGGAACGAGGGGCCUGCGGAAGUGAUAAGGCAUGUGCUUUACGGCUACUUUUGCCAGAAGAGCGGAGUGCUUGUGUACUUGGAGGACUCUCACCUGACCAGAGUCCAGACGGAAGGCGACGCCGUCUACUGGGAAACCACCAUCGGAAGCUGCAUCGGAGACUACAGGGAUGUGGACGGGGUCCUCAUCGCUCAUCGGGGCAGGUCCAUUGCCACCGUCUUCAAGUUUGGGGAAAUGUCAGCUCAAUUCAGCAGAACCCGGAUGGAAGAGGUUUGGAGCAUUGACGAUGUGAUGUUCAAUGUCGCUGGCCUCAGCAUGGAUUACUUCAUUCCUCCCGCUGAUACUUUUGAUACCAUUCAUUCUCAUUCACACUCUCAUUCGCACUCUCAGUCUCAUUCUCCAUGACCAUCGCUCGCCUUCCCUGCUAAUCACUCAUUUUACUUCAUUGUAUACAUCAUCAUAACAACUUGUCUGCUAAAUCCUAAUCCCAGCACCUCUUUUACACUGAACUAGACGCCACUGGGACGCUCCCUGUGCGUAUGCCUGUGCCUAUGUUCUCUGCAACAAGAUCUUUUAUUGUUGACUCCUUUUUUUUUUUUUUUUU